AUGGUGGCAAUAUCGGAGCUGUUGCAGAGCUGUCUCGCUCAGUUCCUCUCAUUAAUCAACUCAGGCGCGCUGUCCGAUCAUAUUGAGGAGGUUCCACUACAAGAGUGGACGGACGAACUGGGCCGACUUCGCGUGUGGGCAGCAAAUAUCGGUGCUCACCAGACCCGUCAAUCUUCGCUAGAUUACCGUCUUAGGGAUGCUUCGCAUAUCAAGAGUCAGAUAGUGAGGCUCUUGGAGCAAUUCCAGGAACUACUCACUGACCUGAAGGAUGUGCUCGAGGAGGAAAGUGAUGACGAAGCCGAAGACGAUAAGUCUGAAGGUUUGGGAGACUCAGACAGCGAGAAUGCCACAGAGAUCCAAGAAAUCCACCAAGUCCUUGUUGAGACAAUCAACCAACUCUAUCAGAUGUCCAUGAUCAUCCGAAAGCCAGCACAGCAUGAUCGGCUGGUCGGGACAAAAAGACUGGAUUCUGAGCCCUUCCAAUUCUGGGCUAAGCAACAUGCCGCCAAUAAAUAUCCAAAUGCAGAUCCGCUAGCUAUCGAUCGUAUCAGUUCCGCGAUGGCGCGACAAAGGGCGAUCUUAAAAUACCGUGAACGACAUCAUGCGAAAUUAAGUCAGGGCAUCGAUUCCGAGAGUGAUAGUAAAUCGGCUAUACUAUCAGAAACGGUUGUGACAGAUGCGUUUAAGGAGAUACCUGGGCAAUUUAGCGACAGGGCCUCUGAUGCUGGUGUAUCUGAAACUUCAUACGGAGGCACUCUGCUCGAGGGCACCAAUGCAGAUGCCCCUAAGAUACCACCUAUACCGAAAAAUGGCAUGGAACAGAGACCCUUUGAAUGUCCAUAUUGCUUUUACAUUAUCACGGUUCGAGACAGGAGAGCAUGGGCGCGCCAUAUUUUCCGCGAUCUGAUGCCGUACGUCUGCAUCUUCCCCGGAUGCUCGACGCCCAACAAGCUCUACGGGGGCCGUCGACAAUGGCAUCAUCAUAUUCAGCAAGCACACGCUACGACGCCAAGCACGGACGGUACAUAUCACUGCCCUAUCUGCAAACAGGGCUCUCUGCCCGCUGUCACAUUUCAGCGACACGUGGGUCAACACUUGGAAGAGCUUGCGCUCUUUUUGCUGCCACGAACAGACUCAGGCUCAGGCGAAGACGGAGUGACGGAUGAGAAUGUCAGCAACGUAUCUUUCGAAGGCAAUUCAAUGGAACAGAGUGUCGGUCAGCGCAAUAACUUGGACAAUACAGCAACACCAGCCUCCAACUCCAAUCUCAGCGAUAACAAUCCAUUGAGAGGGCCACGGAGUAAAAGGAAAGAUUCCAUAUCGUCAGUCGGGGUGAGCCUGAGCGACAGAGAGUCCCCGGGGGAUCUGGAAUCCAACGUGGAGGACAAAAUCCGCGACUCAUCGUCCCCUUACAAUCGAGAAUCCGAACUCGCUAUUAACCAGAAGCUCUUCUCCUGGUCGCCCGCUUACAAUCGAGAAUACGAACUCGCUAUGAACCAGAAGCUCCAGGAGAAGAGCGACGUCCGGCAGAACAUGGAUCUCUGGGAGCAUCAGCAGGAGAUCGAACGGCUGCAACCGGGGCUGGAGAAGUCUUCUGGGCGCAGCGACAACGAGAGUGAGCAAAUUGUUGUGAACCCGCAACCCGAGCCGCGCGAGUCUCGGCUUCCUAGGGAGGACCUAGAGUAUGAGGAAAAUGCUGCGGAGCGGCUACGUAAGCUGGAGCUGUUCGAGCGCAAAUAUCAAUCUGCGGAGGUGGAUGAAAAGUGGAAGGAGCUCGCAAGGAUGAAGGAGGAGGCAGAGGAGAGAGAGAAGCUUGAGAUUCGAGAUGAGGACUCGCGAACGGCGAAGGAGAAGAAGGAGAAGAAGAAGGAGAAGAAGAAGGAGGAGGAGGAGGAGGAGGAGGAGGAGGAGCUCGCUAUGAAGGCUGCUGCUGAGGAGUGGAAGCUCGAACAGGAGCGGAUAAAGCAGAGACAGGCACAGGAGUUCCGCGAUCACCUUCGUAGCCUUGGCCAUUCCGACGAAGAGAUUGAUACUAUCGUCAAUGGGAAAAAGGAAGACGAGAAGAAGGAAGAGAAGAAGGAGGAGAAGAAGGUCAUAUGGAUCAAGGUCCAUCGCAAGCACUUGGUGCCAGCUACCUUGAUCGCCUUCAAUCUUCCUUGGGACUGGGACGAGUAUGACGAAGACUACAUCAUUAUCAAGCAAUGGGUCGACGAUGACUUGCAAGAAGAGCUCUUCGCCCACACCCGUCGCGUACGCGAGGGGCGGCUCGACAGCCAUAUCUCCAGCCCAACUACCGAACUCAAGGUUAAUGACCGCUUUAAGGACGAAAUGUAUCCAUCUCGUGCGGAAGAAGAAGACCCAGCCGUGAAGGGCAACUCGAAAGAACCAUAA